UCCAGGCUCCCCGGGCCGCGACCUGAAACCGUGGCCUCUGAGAGUCGAUCAGUAGUAGGGCAGAAGAGAGCGCCAGAGGCCAGCGGCUCUGGACCGAGCAACUCUAGUCGUGGGGACGGGCGGCCGAACGGAAUGAGGCUUGGGAGAGGCUGGUCUGAGUGACAGGCUGGGGGCGUGGCCUGUGAGACCCGGAAGCGUGCCAGGCGUGAGUUGGGGUGCCCGGCCUUGGGCGACUAGCAGUAUACCCAGCACUCCGACCUGUGGUCCCGCAGGUCCAAGUGUGCGGCCGCGCGUCUGGGUGGGGCAGCGGCGCGGGCGGGCCAUGCCUGGGGACUCCCAGUCGCUGUGGGAACUGGUGGAAGAGCACGUUCCGCUCCCGGAGCGGCCCGAAGUGAAGAGGAUUCUAGGGGAGACGACAGCGGAUCUGAGCCUGGAGCUACGGGCAGAGGUGGGGCGUAGGAAGAAACAGGAGCCAAUGUGGAAAUCCAGUGCUGACCUCUCUGUGGCCCAGAGGAACUGGCAUGACGCGGGGCAUGACUCCAGACACUGCCCUGACCAUCGGGCUGAGCCCUCUGUCACUCAGAGACAGCCCCGACUCUUCUCUGUGGACGGACCAUUACGCCUGCUUCUGGAACAUGCAUUCACACCACAUAUCCUGAGCACUCCAAGCACCUCGGCUAUGAGGGCUAGAGACACGAGUUCAGUGAGGCUGUCAGAGACCAAUGCCAAGACAGUGGAAGAGGCAGGGGAUGCGUCAGUGUCGCCCGGAGCUGGCAGAGGUGUGAAUGAGUGGAGACGCACGCACUCCAUUACAAGUGUUCACCCCAGGAUGGCGGCGGCUCAGGGACCUGUGGACCCCUCCUCCCCAGAACAGAGAGUGGCGCUGUGCCCAGCGAGGCCACCGAGGAGGACCACAGCCGCCAGCGGGGCACCUGGGGCAGCCGGAUCGACUUGAUGAGAAGCGUGGGCUAUGUCGUGGGCCUGGGCAGUGUCUGCUGCUUCCCAUACCUCUGCUAUUGCAAUGGGGGAGGUACCCAGUGGGCACAGGGCAGGGACCACCCACAUGGAUAGAGCCCAGCCACCAGGGCCCAGCCAGCCCCUUCCGGCACAGACCCCACUCCAGACAGGCUGGCCUUUGGCCCUAAUCUCCUUUGCCCCCACCCCUGGCUUAGGGGUGAUCAGCCUGGCAGCCUGAGCCCUCAGGGAGAAAGCAACCCAACCUCCCAAGUCUCAGUUUUAUACCCCCUACAUUUCACCAGCCAACCCCAAAAUGAUUUGGGGAUAUCUGAGGACCCUAUCAGCUAAUGUGUGUGAAAUUGCUUGGUUAAGUCAUCAAUUCCCACCCAAACAUGGUGGCUCUGGGACCUGGGUCCAGCUCAGAGCAGAUUUCCUGGGAACCCCUGUCACGUUCAAAUAUGCCAUGAGCAGUGUGCCUCAGACUGAGGCUCUAGUCCAGGGCAUGGCACACCCUCCUGGAAGCCCAGUCAAUUGCAAAGGUUCUGCUGUCGGGUUCUGAGCAGGAAGAGGGUGGGAUCCCCCAAAGUCAGCCCUGAGCCAGCCCUCUCCCUGCCCACCAGGAGACUGCAUGAUCCCCUUCUUCAUCAUUCCCAUCUUCUGCCGGAUGCCCCUCUUCUUCAUGGAACUCACCUUAGGCCAGUUUGCAAGUCAGGGCUGCCUGGGGUUCUGGAGGAUCAGCCCCAUGUUCAAAGGUGAGGCCCGGAUGUGAUACACACACACACAUACAAGGGCCUCUGGGGGCCAUGCUGACUCACUCAUCUGUAUAAAGACUGCCAACCCCUAUGGAACCCAGGUGUUGACCGGAGGCCCACAUCAAUGGCCAAGGCCAGGGACCCAUGCUGGGAUCCAUUGUUUACUUGGCCUCCACCCUCUCCUCCUACCACAGGCAUACACAAAGCCCUUAGCCCUCUCCCCCACUCAGCCUCUAGCUUGCUCCUGCCAAGGUUUUGGUCUGCCCCCUUCUGUGGCCCUCCACGAAAGCCUGCCCCUUAGCCCCUUCAAAAUUAGCUUCGCAUCUUCAGCUAGGUGUGAGGCUGCUCCUGCCCUUCCCCUCCCCUAGGUGUGGGCUACUGCAUGAUGCUGGUGUCCACAUACAUCGGAAUCUACUAUAACAUGGUCGUCUGCAUCGCCUUCUACUACUACUUCUCAUCCAUGACGUUCUGGACCUACUGUAGUAACCCUUGGAACAUGCCCAGCUGUGUGAGCGUGCAGGAUGACCCCAAAUCACCGAAACCCCUACUGUAAUAACCCUUGGAACAUGCCCAGCUGUGUGAGCACCCUGGGUGACCCCGAAUCACCAAUACCCUACUGCAAUAGCCCUUGGAGCACGCCCGGCUGCGAGAGUGCACUGGAUGACCCCAAAUCACCGAGACCCCUACUGCAAUAACCCUUGGAGCAUGCCCAACUGUGUGAGCACACUGGGUGACCCCAAAUCACCGAGAUGCUUACUGCAAUAACCCUGGAGCACGCCCGGCUGCGUGAGCGUGCUGGGUGACCCCAAAUCACCGAGAUGCCUACUGCAAUAACCCGUGGAACACACCCGGCUGCGUGAGCGCGCUGGGUGACCCCAAAUCACCGAGAUCCCUACUGCAAUAACCCUGGAGCACGCCCGGCUGUGUGAGCGUGCUGGAUGACCCAAAUCACCGAGAGCUCUACUGCAAUAACCCUUGGAGCACGCCCGGCUGUGUGAGUGUGCUGGAUGACCCAAAUCACCGAGAGCUCUACUGCAAUAACCCUUGGAGCAGGCCCAGCUGUGUGAGUGUGCUGGAUGACCCAAAUCACCGAGAGCUCUACUGCAAUAACCCUUGGAGCAGGCCCAGCUGCGUGAGCAUGCUGGGUGACCCCAAAUCACCGAGACCCCUACUGCAAUAACCCUUGGAGCACGCCCGGCUGCGUGAGUGUGCUGGAUGACCCAACAUCACCGAGAGCUCGCAGCUUCCUGCCCUGUCUGGCAGCGUCUCUCAGGCGCCACCAGACCCUCCCCAGGACAAGCCCCAGCGAGGAGUUAGGAGGGGAGGCCCCCAUGGGACCCGGGCUUCUAGGGGGUUACCCUGGGAGCCUAUCUUCAGCCCUCCCUAUUCCCCGAAUGGCAGUGGUCUGCAGUCUAGGGAGGGCGCCGGGAACGGAGCAGGGCAGGGGUGUGGGAAGAAACACACGGAGCUCGCGGUCCACUUCAGGAGAGGCUGACGCACAGGCUUAGUGAGUGUGUGUGUGUCCUUACACCGCAGCACUGAGGCUCCAGCAGUCAGGCAGGUCAGAUGAGGGGGGUCGGGGCAAAGAGGGGUGGCUUCCUGGUGAGCAGAAGAGCGCCAGCAGAGGCCCUUAGCUCCAGAUGAGCCGGAGGGAAAGCUGUUGUGACGAGGGUAACAGGUGUGAGGGGAGCUCACCAGCCACGUGGCAGUCUCCAGGGAGUACGAGACUUCUCGGAGGGCUUGCAGGAAUGAAGCAUAGAGCUAACCCUGCAGAACCAAAGAAGAGCCGUGGCAGUUCCCUGAGCCCAGGGCUGUCGUCAUCAAGCUGCGUUUGGGAAGGGCAGCCUGGCACCCCUGCGCUCUGUGCUGACAGAGAACAGAGUCCCGGGGCUGGCCUGAAGCGAGGCCGCUGCUGGGGGUGUUUGGAACAUCUUGGGUGUGAGGGCACAACAGGACAUCCUGGAGGAAAUUCCCCACGUCCUGUUGGGGAGCUCAUGGGAAGAGGGCUUUUUGGGCUGGGGGGCAGGCCUCGUUCAUUCAUUCCACAAACAUUUAUGGUGUCCGCUCUGCCGGGCCCUGUGUGCCUAUGGGGUAUGAACGGCCCUGAGUCCCUGCCACGAGGAGGUCACAGUCUAGAAGGGAGAUGGGUUGUUGGUGCUAUUUGGGGCAGGGGCCUCAGUGCAGUCGUAUGCAGGGGUGUGGUGAGGGCAAGAACAGGUGAUCGAGGAGGCUUCCCAUGGACUUCCCUCAAGGUCCGGUGUCUAAGACUCCAAGUUUCCAGUGCCUCCACUGCAGGGGGCACAGGUUCAAUCCCUCUUCAGGGAA